CGAGCAAAGCCUCCACGAGCAAAGCCCACCUCUCACUGUGGUCUGUGUUUGUGCUGCUAUGUAAUAAUAAAUUAUUAUUAUUGUUAUUAUAUGCAAGGCGAACGUGGUGGGCACAUGUCGGGUGGUGCAUCGUGGAAACCACGAGUUCCCUUUCUUUUUCUUCGCUCUCUCUUCUCUGGCCUCUGCAGCUUCCAAUCUUUCUUCCCCUCUAUCUCUUCCAUCAGGUUUCCAAUUGAAUUGAAACCCUAGAAUUUUUUUUGACUUUUGAAUUUUAGCUUUGCCUUUUUAUGUGCUAAACAUAUAUAUAGAAAGAAACUGGGAAGAGUGAGGAGUUUAACUAAGAUGGAUCAAUGGAAGACAACAACCAACGAUUUCUCUCAAUCCGUGACAGCAGAUGUAGCUCCUUCGACUUCUACUCACACCUUGCCUCCCUCCAACUCCAUCCCUGAUCACAGACAGAGGCUGGAGCCGGAGGUCAAGGAUCCAAUUGCUGCAAGAAAGGUUCAGAAAGCAGACAGGGAGAAAUUGAGGAGGGACCGUCUGAAUGAGCACUUCCUUGAACUAGGAAACACAUUAGACCCAGAUCGACCCAAGAAUGACAAGGCAACCAUUUUGACUGACACAAUUCAAGUGUUGAAGGAUCUAACAGCUGAAGUCAGCAGACUAAGGGCUGACUAUGCUGCACUUUCAGAAGAAUCGCAUGAGCUAAUGCAGGAGAAGAAUGAGCUGAGAGAAGAAAAGGCAUCUUUAAAAUCUGAUAUUGAAAAUUUAAAUUCUCAAUAUCAACAAAGGGUCAGGGUCAUGUUUCCAUGGCCUGCCGUUGAUCCUUCUGUUGUCAUGGCUCCUACUUAUCCAUAUCCAGUCCCUGUACAUGUCCCACCUGGUCCAAUUCCCAUGCAUCCCUCAAUGCAGCCAUUUCCCUUUUUUGGAAAUCAAAAUCCUAAUGCAAUUCCUAGUCCUUGCUCAACAUUUAUUCCAUACCCAGCUACUGCUAAUCCUGCAAAUGAACAGCCAUCUGUCCAAUAUGCUUCCACUUCCCAUAUUUCAAGCAAACUGGAUUCCAAAAGCAAGUCAGCAGAUCACCCAAGGGGCAGCAAUUCGGAAAGAUGUGAUGAUUCUGAUGAUGUUGCAACAGAACUUGAACUGAAAAUGCCUGGAUCAUCAUCCCAACAGGAUAUGUCAACUGGAGAAAGGAAAGGCAAGCAUUCACACAGAAAGGAAAAAAAUAUUACAAAUGGUAGCUCCUCAAGCAGGAAUUCUUCACCUCUUGGUAUUCAGGAUAGCUCCUCUAAUAGUGUGGGAGAUGUCCCAAAAUCUACUGAUUAAUGUGCUGGUUGGUUUUCCUGUUGGCUUUCUCAAAAUCCUAACUGGCACAAGUAGUAUAUCUCAUUGUCACUCAUGGGAAUGCAACAAAUUUGAUGUCUUGAGACAAAAUUCUGGGCUUGGAAGCAGGGUGAAUCAUGCUGGUAACUGGUAAGCAACGGAGGAAAUUUGGUUAAUUGCCUAGUUGUUCUUAUUACCUGAAGAACUUGAGGUGGGUUCACCCUUCACUUCUCGCCUACUUUUACGCAGGUAACUUGUCCAGAAUGUGUUCCAUUUUCUGACUGAACGAGAAGAUGCUUCUAACGUGCCUGCAGAUCCUAGGCUUGAUAGCCUGCUGGCCAGUAGGCUACCAGUGGAUAAAAUUCUGUGUAAACAAGUAGUAUGAAAGUGCUCUCCCCUUUAACUGACCAUUUAAUUUAAUUUAGUGUUAAAUUGCCUCCUCUUUUUAUUUAUUUAUUUUUUUUGGUUUAAACUUAUCUUUUCUGUAUAUAUAGUCCAUUCGCAUAUGAAAUUAUCCAUUGCCAAAUUGCCAUUUA